AUGAACAGGCGCAUCUUGUUCAACCCUACGAGCGUGUCGGCGUUACGUACCCCGCGCCCUCCCAUGCCUCAAACGCGUGCUUUUGGCAAUGCCGGGAAUUUUGCUAGAGUCGGCCUGAAAGGACUGAAGUAUGAUAGAUCGAAGGGCAUAAAAGGUGUGAGGAGAGAGAGUACGCAGAUUGGGGAGAAUGAAAGUGGGCAUAUUACUGCUGGAACUAAUGAGGGUAUCCUAUUCUUGGAUAACAUUUUUCCAAUAAAGCUCGGAUGGCUUCUUCGAAUACCUUGGUAUGGAAGAAUGGAUUCUGGCCUACCAGACAUUCUUUAUCGGUUCAAUAAUAAAGUAUUUUCCAAAUACGAUCCUCUGAGCUUAGUGAAGCGUGCGAUACCCUCCAGCGUCCCCUUAAAGGUAACCGAGAUUCUACCUCGACUUAAAGAGGGGGGCGCAUUCAUCAAGUUCUCACACGAUCGCAGCAUAACGGCUCAGGAGAUAGAAGGGCUUAUCUCAGGAUAUCUGAAGGAGAAGCCAAUCAAGCCUUGGUUCAACCCCUUUCGACAAAUGCGAGCAAAACUUGUACGUGGGAAACCUUGGCUCGAGGAUUUGUACAGAUUCCCAAGCACUCGAAUCCGUGUUGAAUUUGUGCCUUCUACCCCUGGCGGCGAAGUAGCCGAACUUUCACAAGAGGUUAUUUACAGCUUGUUCCGGAAAUACGGAAAGAUUGCAGAGAUCUCUUCGCAGCCUUCGGAUUCCAAAGUUCUACCAAAGUUUGCUAUGCUUGAUUUUGCUAAUAUAAGGCACUCGAUCAUGGCUAGAAAUUGCUUACAUGGCUUAAAAGUCACUGAGGAACUGGGUGGUGGAAAGUCUGGCACCAUACUUCGACUGUCAUUUGAGGCUAAGAUGCAAGCCCAUCAUGUAAGAGAAUGGCUUACCAGUCACCCACGUGUCGUUAUUCCAGCUGUAGCCGCAAUCCUUGCUACUGUAACCGUCGCGGUUUUUGAUCCAAUUCGAACCUUUUUCAUCAAGGCACAUAUCGAUCAUGCUUUCAGUCUGAAGGACAAUAAGAUCUAUGCAUGGUUCGCAAGUCAAGCAAAGGACGUUUUCUCUUUCCGUGUGCACAAAGCAGAAGAAGCAAGCCUUAGUGCCAUUUGGGAUGAUAGAAAGCAAGCUAUUGAAGAUUUACAAACUUGGCUUAUGGAGACUGCCGAUACUUUUAUCGUUGUACAAGGUCCAAGAGGAUCAGGCAAGAAAGAGCUCAUCAUUGAUCAAGCUCUUAAGGGUCGACCAAAUACCUUACUUAUAGAUUGCAAACCUAUCCAGGAAGCAAGGGGCGACUCGGCCACCAUUGCGGCAGCUGCUGCCACCGUUGGAUAUCGUCCGGUUUUCUCCUGGAUGAACAGUUUUAGCAGUUUGAUCGAUUUGGCUGCACAGGGUACAAUUGGCGUUAAAUCUGGAUUUUCAGAAACCUUGGACUCACAGCUUGCCAAAAUUUGGCAAAACACUGCAACUGCUCUAAAACAGGUGGCUUUACAAAACCGAGAGAAAGAUGACAAGGACGCUAAUUUGGCUGACGAUGAUUGGCUUGAAGCACAUCCAGAGCACAGGCCUGUGGUCGUCAUUGACAAUUUUCUACACAAGAAUGAAGACAGUAGCAUCGUUUACGACAAAAUCUCGGAAUGGGCAGCUGGUCUCACUACUUCUAAUAUUGCUCAUGUCAUUUUCUUAACAAACGAUAUCUCUUACUCUAAGUCCUUGAGUAAAGCGCUUCCUGAUCGAGUUUUCAGGCAGAUAGCGCUUGGUGAUAUCACACCUCAAGUAGCCAAGAAAUUCGUCAUCAGUCAUUUAGAAAACGAUCCAGAAAACCCUAAAGACAAGACGGAGAAGCUUUCGGAAUCUCAACGUCGAGAAGAUCUUUCAGAACUGGAUGAGUGCAUCGAAGUCCUAGGAGGCCGAUUGACCGAUCUAGAAUUCUUGGCACGUCGAUUGAAAACUGGACAAACUCCGAAACGCGCCGUGGCUGAGAUUGUCGAGCAAAGCGCUUCAGAGAUCAUGAAAAUGUAUCUAUUAUCUGCUGAGAAGGGAGAUCGGAAAUGGUCAGUCGAACAAGCAUGGUACCUGGUCAACUCUCUUGCUGAGAACGAUACUCUACGAUAUAACCAGGUCUUACUCUCUGAUACAUUUAAAUCAUCCCUUACAUCAUCGGCAUCGAACGGAGAAAAUGUUCUCGAAGCACUCUCCGCAGCGGAAUUGAUCACGAUCAAGACCUUCAAAGGUCGUCCACAAAGUAUCAAAGCUGGGAAGCCAGUAUAUCAAGCUGCCUUCAAGAUGUUAAGCGAAGAUCGUGUUUUACGAAGCAGACUUGAUUUGGCAGUUCUCACCGAGCUAACUAAGAUUGAAACGAAGAGUAUUGAUAAGUAUGAGAAUGAAUUAGUCAUGCUCGGUACUUUACCUAAGCAGCCUCAUGAGGUUGGUCCUCGUAUCCAAUAUCUACUGGACAAAUUAGCGGCGAGUCAAAGAAAGGUUGAAGCUUGGGAAAAGGAAAUGGGAUAUUUGAAGAAGGUUUUGAUGGUCGAAUAUUGA